CAACAACAACAACAACAACAACAACAACAGGGGUUUCUAACUCUGCACUAUUAAUAUAUCCUAUCCUACAACUCCAAAAUGUCAAAUGAACGCCACAGGCUGGUAGUAGGCGGUAUCUUCCCCUGAGCCUUUAAUCUACGAUAUUUUUCUAAUCCAUGGGUCAAAGUGGACUUUGGCACGACAUAUUCUGGUAACCGGCGUCUGACCUUCAACAGCCGGACACUAUGGCUAAUCGGUACCUUCAGGGCUAGCAUAUAUUCACACCACUAACCCUGACUAUAAAAACAUAGAAGUAAUCGACAGCUGGCCAGGUCGGGGAAACGCCAACCUUGCCAAAGUCCCCACCGAAAUCAGCUAUUCGGACAACGGCGCAUCUUGGGGCUAUGAUAUUCCCUCGAGCGGACUCCGCUAUGGUUUCUUUAAGCUUCUCCUGGAUACGAACGCAGCGACACAGUACGACAACCCCCGACUGGCCGCAUCAACCCCCCCGUCCAUGGAACACUCGUACGCAAACACCCCGUUGCCCGUGGGAAAGACUGCGGCAGAAAUCACGACGGAUUACCUCAAACUACUGUAUUCACACCUUAUGAAGACACUGCGCGAAAGGCUCAUCCGCACGUUGGAUAAUACGCCAAUUCAAUUCGUUUUGACAACGCCGGCGAUAUGGAGUCACGAGGCGCAGAACGCGACAUGUCAAGCGGCCCUGGAGGCUGGAUUUACAUCGAGGACAGGGGACACAUUGACAAUGGUCUCGGAGCCGGAAGCUGCGGCAUCGUAUUGUCUGAAAGAGAUCUACCAUGAGCGCUCUGACACUGACAACCCCCUUGAGGUAUGCUUUCUUCCGCCAAGGCGUUAUUGGGUUAGGGUUAACGAAAUCCAGCCAGGCGAGCGAGUGGUAAUUUGCGAUGCCGGGGGCGGGACAGUGGUAAGUCACCUUGCAUCGCACGAGCUUCCAGGGUUGCUAAGUGUCCAGGACUUGAUAACCUACACGGUCGAGAAAGUAAGUCCUAGGUUAAGCCUGCACGAAGCCGUCGUAGGUUCUGGUGGGAAAUGCGGAUCGGUUGCGGUAGACAAAGAGUUCCUAAGCCUUUUAGAAUCCCGCAUUGGGCCCAGCUUCAGGGAAUGGCCCGCUCGAAAGACUGCCCCACAGGGUCCCCUAAUGCGUGAGUUUGACAGGGCAAAGAGAGAGUUUGGAACCACAACUCGUACGCUCUUCUGGCGGAUCCCCGUUGGAUACGUGAGAGAUGAUCCCGAGAAUGGGAUUGAGGAUGCGGAGCUGAGAUUAACGGUGUGAGUACCUCGGCCUAGCCGGUGCCGGCAUUAAUGAGGGCCAGUGAGACUGAAGUGCUGAGCAGGGCUGAUAUGAAGGGGUUGUUCUACCCAAUCGUCAAGCAAGUGAUUUCCCUGUUAGAGCAGCAGGUUCGGGAUUCCAACAGAUCGGACUCUUCAAAUAAAGUUUCUGUAUACUACCCCUUUCCGGUUAUUUUAUGCCCCAAGCUGAUCGGUAGACAAUCUUCCUGGUUGGCGGCUUCGGUGAAUCUGCAUAUCUCUUCACAGAAGUGCAGGCUUGGGUUAAACGGCAGUCCUACAAAAUCCGGGUCAUCAAUCCCAAUUUUUCGUAAGCUCGCCGAAAUCUCAUAAACCAGUUCCUGAAAUGGCAUACUAAAGGCCUACAGCUGGUCCGCCGUGGUCCGAGGAGCAGUUCUUCAUGGCGUUGAAGGUAUGGUCCAUACGCGGAAGCUAAAGCAACAUUACGGCGUAAAAGUAGCAACAAAAUUUGAACCGGGCCUACACGAUGAAGAAGAUUCCUUUAUAGAUCCUUAUUACGAGAUAAAAUACAGUCGGGAUAAUAUUGAGUGGCUAGCGGCAAAGGUAUGCGCUCUCCCCUGCCGCUUCAUAAAGCUGUAAGGUUGAAAAGAAGAGCAGGGCGACGACGCUAGCAGCGAACGAGUGAUUUCGAUACCCUGUGGGGCAUCCUUCCGUCCAGAGGAUAGGAGAGCAAUCACGCUCUCCCUAGUGGGGUGCAAAUUCGAUAAUCCGCCCCAGAGUGCCAAGCACUGGAGUAGGUUAUUCUGUCCCUGACGAAUCGGAAGAAGGCUAACGACAAAAUAGUGGUGGAUGCAUUGGGGACGGUCAUUUGUGAUGUGUCUGUGAUGCCACCGUCGGCUUUCCAGGUCAAGCGAUCGGGGUUCUUCUUUUUUCAGGACUCAAUUUCGAGGGCCAGUUUCGCUGUCGAUAUGAAGGUUGGGUCAGCCGACCUAGAAUUGGACUUGAUGCAUGCCGGAAAGUCAUAUGGGAAAGCAAUGAUUGAAUAUUAAAACCCUUGUGGAGAAGUAUAGUAUUGAUUAUGAGACCAAUACAGGAUGUUUUUUAGGCAUGUGCAUCGGGCUGCAUGGAGGGUCUCUGUAUACCGAGUGAUAAUUAGUGUAUGAUAUGAUACGUGGCGUCACUGGCGUGCUCCUGAGGUACAAUUUAUUGGGCCCUAAACCAAGUCAAGGUGCUGGGCAAAAGGGCAAAAGUAGAAAACGGCUUGGCUCCCGCAAAAAGCAUAUCAUGAUAUCAUACCUGCAUAAUAUUUCA